AUGGCUGAAUCGACAAAGAACUCCGUUAUAGUGUCGAAUGACGAGCUGCCCGGUUACCAGGGGAAACAAAAAAGAGUCACCCAACCGGCGCUGACAUCCAUGAUACAAAACACCGCUGCCCGAAGUGUUGAGGAAAUAUCUCCGAAUGAAUAUUUUAAGCUCCGAAGUGCCUCCGUAUGUGAACUGAAGAAACUCCCCGAAACGCAUCCUUACCCACACAAGUUCCGUGUGACAAUUUCGUUGGGUGAAUUCAUCGAAAAGUACAGUGAUCUCGGGGUCGGAGGAAUGCUGGAUGAUGUUAGCGUCAGUGUGGCCGGACGGAUACAUGCCAUCCGGGAAUCAGGUGUGAAGCUCAUGUUUAUUGAUCUUCGUGGCGAAGGAUUGAAACUCCAAAUCAUGGCAAAUGCAAAGAUGUAUCAAAGUGAGGGACAGUUUUUCGAUGAUACUUGUAAAUUGCGUCGUGGUGACAUUAUUGGAGUGACGGGUGUACCGGGCAAGACCAAGAAAGGUGAGCUUUCGGUAAUGGUCAAAGAGAUCCAACUGCUUGCACCGUGUCUUCACAUGCUGCCACAUCUGCAUUACGGAUUGAAAGAUAAGGAGACACGCUACCGUCAACGUUAUCUCGAUCUGAUGCUGAACAACAAUGUGCGUUCGAUUUUUGUGACCCGUGCAAAAAUCAUUAGUUUCAUUCGUCGAUUCCUCGAUAAUAUGGGCUUUCUGGAGGUGGAAACACCGAUGAUGAAUAUGGUUGCUGGUGGCGCAACGGCCAAGCCAUUUAUUACGCACCAUAAUGAUUUGAAUAUGAAUCUGUUUCUUCGCAUAGCUCCGGAGUUGUACUUGAAAAUGUUGACUGUCGGAGGACUCGAUCGUGUGUACGAAAUAGGACGACAAUUUCGCAACGAAGGAAUGGAUCUGACUCACAACCCUGAGUUUACGACCUGCGAGUUUUAUAUGGCAUAUGCAGAUUAUAACGAUAUUAUAGAUCUGACGGAAAAGCUCCUAUCGAACAUGGUACACGCCAUUCAUGGUUCGUUCAAGGUUAAUUACCAUCCAGAUGGUCCUGAAGGGGCCGAAAUUGAAAUAGAUUUUACUCCGCCGUUCAAGCGCAUCUCUAUGAUAAACUCGCUGGAAGAAAUAUUGGAAGUAGAAUUCCCAUCAGCCGAUCAGUUGGGCACCCCGGCAGCAACUGCAUUUUUAGACGAUCUAUGCAUCAAACACAAUAUUGAGUGUGCAUCACCACGCACGGCAUCCCGUUUGUUGGAUAAACUGGUCGGUAGUAUGCUGGAAGAAAAAUGCCGCAAUCCAACGUUUAUUUGUGACCAUCCGCAAAUGAUGAGCCCACUGGCCAAGUGCCAUCGCAGUCAGCCUGGUUUGACGGAACGAUUUGAACUGUUCGUCAUGGGAAAGGAAAUCUGCAAUGCAUAUACCGAGCUGAACGAUCCGGCUGUACAGCGAGAGAGAUUUGAGCAACAAGCAGCAGAUAAGGCUGCCGGAGAUGACGAGGCACAGCAGGUGGACGAAGGCUUUUGUACUGCACUUGAAUACGGGUUACCACCGACCGGAGGGUGGGGUAUGGGCAUCGAUCGGUUGGCAAUGUUUCUGACCGAUUGCAACAGCAUCAGGGAGGUUUUACUGUUUCCAGCAAUGAAACCGAUCGAUGCAGUCCGUAAGCAGCAAAUCCCGGUAGCAGAGAGUAGUUCCGGGUGA